GCCAGAAGAUACGAGCUGGCAAAACUAAAAAUUACGAUAGAGCGCUACAAAUCUGAUAUAAAUUUAGCGAUACAACUGUUGCAGUGCAAACCAGACAGUUUCAUGCCUCAAAAAGUAUCAUCGCUACCCAUCGACAUACAAUCGAAAGUAUCAGCUUACAUGCGCCUAGAGACAAAUUCACAUUCUGAUUCGGAAGGCAGCACUAGCGGUGUUGGCACCGCCACCACAGCUUCCUACAAAGUACUUCCUGCAUCGGAUUCACCGCCGCCAACAGCAUGCCCCUUUCCACCUACUGCAAUGGUAUACUCAAUGCGGGGGCUUGGUAAGUAUGGCAAACGUACUUCAACAGAUUCCAACAUGAAUCUCAACAAUAAUAAUAAUAACAAUAAUAACAAUAACAAUGGCAAUAAUGACAACAAUAGCAUCAAAGAGCCACUUCUUAAUAAUAACAUAAUAACCACCAAUAACGAUACCUGCGAAUCCAGCGCUGAACUAAAUGCUGACAUCAUAGCAACUAGCAAUAAUUCAAAUGUAAUAACAAAUUCAUCACCACUCAGCAAUGGUGACUCAAAUAACCCCGAUAUGAUUUCACCUAUCAUUAUGGCAAAGUUCCUGGAGGCCGAACUGAAAGCAAGUGAGGUGAAGCACUGUGACACUUGUAAAUGCUCCAAGCAGGAUCUGACAGUGUUGGCCGACGUCUCACGUUGCUAUACAGUCUCUACGCAAACUCCCUUCCAGUUGCAACUCAGCGGCGGCAAUCUCAAUGAACCGCUCACACAAUUGUGCCUACGUUGCCAUAGCAAUUUGAAUUCACCGUCGCGCACUAAUAGUCCUUAUCUGAUGAAAUUGGUAAAAUCCAGUGACUCUGUGAUCUCGGAAACGAAAAGCUCCGUAUCGGACCUUAAUGAUAUGGAUAAAUUAUUUACGCCAGCCAAAAAGGAUGACUUAAUGGUGAAUCCCAUAUUGGGGCAUCAUCGUUUGUGUGAUCGCACGGCCGGUAGUGGUGCGCUACACCACCAAAAUGGCAGCGGUGCUGGUAAAGUGAGCACUACAGUACUCUAUCCAACCACACAUUUGGGUGCAUAUGGAAGUGAGAAGUAUUUGCUGGAGACGAAUAGCCUUGCGGCUGGCAUACAAAUGAAAGUUGGCUACCAACGUCGCUUUAUUGAGGGUGGUGGCACCGCAUUGGAGCUGCUUAAUGGCUCCGCUGGCAGUGGUGUCAAUGGAGCGGCACAUAACACUACGAAAAAGGCGACAGAAAAAGUAGCACCGAAAACGAUGUGUAAUGAUGAGUUAGACGAUGAAGCAAAGCCAUUGCUCAGUGCAGUCUCACAAUCCAACCUGUUGGACUACGAUAGACUCAAAACUGGUGCUGGUAUUGAAUUAGGCGAGACUGCAUUGGAGCAACAAAUGAAAUCACCAGCUAGUGUCUGUAGUGCUACCGAUGUUAAGCAGGGUCUCAUGAAGUCAGCCAUCAUGGGCAGUGUGAAUAGUCUGUGGAGCAGAACGAGCAGCUGUGAUGGAGCAAAGAUGUUCGAGACUUUUAAUAGGAAUUUGAUUAAAACUAUAAAGGCUGAAAAUCCAAAACAUCGCGGACCUCGUCUCUGCGCGAUGCGUAUACAGCAGAAUGGCCAGAGCAAUAUACUGCUCGACAACAUUGAGUCCAUGGAAGCGGUUACACCCAUAAUCUAUAAGCGACGCGAACGUCUCUUAGACGAAGAGCUGGACGACACCAAGGAUAUUAUAACAUCAAAUGCGACAAGUGUAUUGAACACCGAAAGGCCACCAAUGAGCAACCAAGGCACGGAUGUGGUAACAAGCGAAUCAGCAAUGAGGGAGGAAGAAAAAUUGAUAGAUGCCAUCAGCAUACAAGUGGAGCCAAUGGAAAUGAGUGCAACCACUGAAGCGGUGCAACGUAACGAAAUCGAGGAAGAGUGUGAGGUGGCUGGAAAUGAAAUUGAUAAAAGCGGUUGUGUGUUGAACGACAGCAACACAUAUGAGACGGACGGGCGGUUAUGUGGCGAAAGCGAAGAAAGAGAAAGCGCUGCUGCUGAUAUUACAAAUAGUACGGUUCCAGCACUGAUAGACCUAUUGGAAACACCCACCACAUCAAGAAAUGUGACCAAUACAAAUGUACACCUAGACGCAGCCAAUUUAAGAGUUGUUGAAAAGAAGUUGGAUCAACGGACCUUAGGCCAUCAAAAGUCAAUUUCAAGUCAGCCUACCGGUGCGCUUGAUGCGGCCCUUAUGCAAACUGCAGUAGUAGCAGCACCAACAACUAUUGGCACAAAUAAAAUGCGCAAUGAUACACAAAGAGGCCUGCCUACUAUAGCGCAGGCUCUGCAUAAGCCGAAGCACCUAAGCAAUUAUCACACGCUACAAAAUGAGUCAAGCUCUAAAACUUCACACAAUUCCAAGUCUUGCACACAGUCCAGCUCCAUUAGCGAUGCCAUUGAUUUUCAAGAGAGCAUCAUCCUACGACGUCAGCAGCUCAGUCGUGUUGCCGAAUGGGUGCAGAGCAAUACGCAACAGUUGGAGCAACAACAACAGCAACAGCAGCAGCAACGUGUGCAGCAACAACAACAAGCGCUGAACUCUGUAAACAAUUGCGACUCUUCGGGUGGCACAGAUCGGCAAUCCUCCUUUUCGACGCUAGAUCAAGUGGAUUCGGUCUCUAUGGAGAAGCUCUCAAUGGAUUCGGGUUAUAAAACGACGCCACAACCGCAAACGAAUGGCUACCAUCAGUCUGGUUUGGAUGAUGCGAACAAAUCUACCGAAGACUCACUCUCCCCAAAGACAGAUACGAACUGUAGCAUGAACAACAACAAUUAUAAUUAUGUAAAUAGCACACACUUCACCCACCACCUAUCGGGUAGUCAUAGUCAAGCUGCGCCAUCAACACAAGCAUGCGCCGCGAACACUUAUUAUCGCCGCACUACACGCUCCGGCCUGCCUGUAGCGUACACCACACCCGAUCCAAACCAGACAUUCACCGCUGGCACAUUCGCAAAUAAAUACAAUAAUAGCAACAGCGCUUGCAGCACAACGCCAACGCUGCCCGAACAACCUACUUGUGAUAUACUCAACUAUAAGUACUAUCCCAGUGAUACGGAUAAGACGCGCUCAAUUAGCGCCGAAUUGCACACCACAACUCAGCAUGUGGACAUCGCUCAAAUGGAAUAUAAUGUAAAGCAAUUCUUGCUCAAACAGAAUGAAUGGUCGAUGCGCGCAAGCGCAUCUCGUGGCGGACGUAAAGGCGGCGUCAAUACUUCAGCGUCGAAUUUGAGUAGCGCCAAUUCGCAGAUGACACUGAGCAGUCAACGUACCCAGGCUACAGCGAAAACGUUACGACACUUGAAGCUAUUUAGUGGUGUUGGUGUGGGACCGGGUGUUGGGGCAAGAGUGCAGCCAACAACUAUUAAAGAUGCUAGCGCAGCGCCGACGACGACGACUGCAACGAUUAGCAGCCGUGACGAACGUGAGCUUAAAGCGAAGCAGAUGGCGAGCGGCUUAGAUGGUGUGACCGCAGCGGUAGGAGCGACCACCUUGCCACAAAGGACUGAAACGAAUUUAUAAGAAAAUUUAGAGAUUUAACUUUUAUAAUGUCAGCUUAAGCUUAUCAAAUGCACACACACACACACAUAAAUAAAUA